UAAAGUCAAAGUCGAACAGUGCUAGUACUCUCGUUGUACUAGUACCAGUACGUAGUACUACUCUCGUGGUUCGGCCGGACGAUGUAUGAUCGUUGGAGUGUUUGACGUUGUGUUGCUGUCGUUUUGAUUACCUUCGACCAACGGAGUAAUCGAAUCCAUCACCAUGUCACCGGGCCGUGGUUCAGCAGCAGCGGUGUACGCCACGUUGUUGAGCGUAGCGGUCCUGGUACCGGCACCGGAUGCGACGGCGGAGGCGAUGAACGUGUUGGCGGUACAGACCGUACCCAGAAAGAGCCAAUGGAACGUGAUGAGCGCGAUACUGCGCGCGCUGACCGACCGCGGGCACAACGUCACCGUGUUCACACCGAUCUUGGACGGCGACCGGGACCGCUACACCGAGGUGCACGUGCACGAAGGCGUCAUGCAGGGCGGCGUAGGUCUGGACGUUGGUCUCACCAAGGUUUGGAAUACCAUUUCGAAACUGAUGCCCAUAUUAGUGAACGUCACUCGGGAUAGUUGCGAGACGAUUUUUCAACAUCCUCGAAUGACGGAUAUCCUGCGCAACGGCCGCGGUUCCUCGGCCGGCUUCGACGUGGUCGUCAUCUCGCCGAUGAUGUCCGAGUGCGUGUCAUACGUGGCCACAGAGCUACGUGUCCCGAUGAUUUACGUCGUGUCGUCCCCGAUCCUCACCUACUUGGAACGCUCGUUUUUCGGUCACGUCCCCAAUCCCGCGGUCGUCGCACAUGUCCUGUCUAGUCACGGCGUGCCCAAAACGUUCACCGAACGCCUAACCAACACACUGCUGACCGUUCACUGUUCGUUAAAAAAGUGGUACGCUGAACGCCGGCAAAGGCUGUCCAAUCCUCAACCGUUCGACCGGGUCGAUCUCGUCAAACCGUCGUUGACGUUCACCAACACCCAUUUCAUCACCGAGCCCGCUCGGCCGUUGACGCAAGACAUCGUGCAAAUCGGCGGCAUACACCUCGCCCAACCCAAAGGGAUACCAAAAGACAUUCUGGAAUUCAUCGAAGGAUCUCCUCAC